AUGUGCAACUACUGCGAGUUCUCCAGCAACAGAUAUGGAUGUGGCUCCUCUGAACAAGACAAUGUGCUGCGGGAAAAGGUGGAGAGAUUACGGUUUUUGAUCAAGAGAAUGACUGGAAAAGACGACGAUGCUCAUUUCACCGAGCUGCAAGCACUUGAAAGUCGUCUUAAGGAUGUUAGUCGCACUGUGUUGGACCAAAAGGAGAAGAUGAUAAAGCUAGAAGAAGACGAAAGGAAGAAGGAAGCUCAGAAUGAGAGUGAUGGUACGAGGAGAGGGGUUUUGGUCCCAUGCAACAGCUCUGAACAAAGACAACGAGAUGAUGGAGCGCUGCUGCUGUUAAAGAAGGCGAGAUUCGAGAGAAGAUACUCUGAAUCAUUGCAGAGCGAGUUUGAGAGAUUGUGGCUUGUUAACGAGAGAAUGAACGGUAGAGAGCUCGAGGGUAUGUCAUCUCGUGACCUGCUCUCACUUGACAAUCAGAUAUUAAAUGCUUUGUUGGGUUUGCUUGUCCAAAUGAAUAGACCAAGGGAGGAACAAGUUGCUGCAAGGCAGCGCGAGAAGAACAAUAAGGAAUCAACCUCAAGGUUAGCUGAACAAGAGAGGUAUUCAUCGGACAAUGAUAAAGAUGAUGACACUUCCUCGCCAUUUCUGAAGAGGAGGCGCAGAGAUUUGACCAAGGAUGCGAGAUUGCUCUGCGAUUUCUGCGGAUUAUCCAGCAGCCGCAGAUACGACGAACUAAGGCCACACAAACAAGAACAUGAAGCACUGUCUAUGGAGAGCGAAGUCAAGAGAUUACGGCUUUUGACCAGAAUGACUGGUAAGGAUCUCGACGGUUUGAGUUUCGAGGAGCUGCAAGUACUUAGAAACCGUCUAGAUGAUGUCUUGCCCAUUGUGGAGAAGCAUAUGGACAAAAUGAAGCUGGAAGAGGCUGCAAAGAAGAAUGAAGCAGGGGUUGAUAAUGAAGGUACGAGGAGGAGAAGGGUUUUGGUUCCUUGCAGAUUCUCUAACCGCGGCUCCGGAGAGGGACAACAGAAACAGGAGGAUGGAGCACCACCAGUGUCGCGAAGGCAGAGAGAAUUCGAGAAACGAAAAGCUGAACCUAUGCACAGAGAAUUGGAGAGAUUAUGGCUGUUGAAGGAGAGAAUGAAUGGCAGAGAGCUGACAAGUAUGAGUUACAUGGAGCUGAAUAUACUUUGGGAUCAGAUACACCACGGAUUUCAUGGUUUGCAUGAGCAUCUAAAUGUCUAA